GGUGGUUCACGCACCCUGCGUCGGCGGGCUAAAGACUCCGGCUCCUCUGCCAAGACGAGGCUCGCUGCUGUCACUUCUCUCUGUAUGCAGCUGCUGGGAACAGCUCUGGGGCAAUGCUUAAUAACACGGGACGGGAGGUUUCGCAACAUUUAGUCUACUAACGCAACUACCUGGAAUAUCUCGGUCCUCCCACAGAUCCACCUAUAAAAUGGCUCAGGAGAACUCCAGCUGUCAUUAUAAUGAGACCAUGCAGUUCUUCUACAACAAAUCUGGCCAGAGACACAGUUUGGACAAAUCCCUGCUUACACUGGUGCAGGUGGUUGGCUCCAUCUUCUGCAUCUUCAUUCUAGUUGCUAACUGUAUGGUCAUUGCUGCUGUAAUCACCAAUAAGAGGUUUCACUACCCUUUCUACUAUCUUCUAGCCAACCUUGCUGCCUCGGACUUCCUGGCAGGCAUAGCGUAUGUGUACCUCAUGUUUAACACAGGUGAUGUGUCACCAACACUUACUAUUAGUGAGUACUUUUUACGACAAGGACUUCUGGAUAUCAGUCUCUCUGCGUCUCUGGCUAAUCUACUCGUUAUAGCUCUGGAACGCUAUAUUUCUGUAAUGAGCUGGAAAGUCCACAGCAACCUGACCAAGAGGAGGGUGACCUUGUUGAUCAUUUUGGUAUGGAGCAUCUCUGUCUUCAUGGGGGCGGUGCCCAGCAUGGGCUGGAACUGCAUCUGUAACCUAGACAGCUGCUCCCAGAUGGCUCCCAUCUUUAGCAGGAGCUACCUGGUCUUCUGGUCAGUUUCAAACAUGGUUAUUUUUGUUGCCAUGGUGGCAAUCUACAUGAGGAUCUACACCUAUGUCAAGAGGAAGACAACAAUGCUCAUGUCACACACUUCCAGUUCUAUCAACCGCAAAAGGACGCCUAUCAAGCUCAUCAAGACAGUCAUGGUUGUGCUCGGAGCCUUUUUGAUCUGCUGGACCCCAGGUCUUAUGGUCAUGCUCUUGGAUGGCGUGAACUGUAGGACGUGUGAUGUCAAGAAACUGAAGAGUUUGAUGCUGCUACUGGCUGUUGCCAACUCAGUCAUGAACCCGUGCAUAUACUCCUACAAGGACAAGGAGAUGUGGACAACGUUCAAGAACCUCAUGCGCUGCAUCGGCGAUGGGACGCGGCGGCAGCGGUCGACGCGCGCCAAUGCCAGGCCCCUGAACUCUGAUCAGGAUCCAGGCACUAGUCCGCCAGCCUCAGAUGAAAUGAAAACUGAUGAUAAUCAAUCACUCGAUUCAUGAAACACCAUUUUAUGGUAAAUUAUGCAGAACUACUGUCCCAGUCGGAGUGGGCACACACAAACACGUGAAGACUGAGCUGACUUGGAUGAGCCUUCGGACAGUUUAUCUCUAGCAGUCCUCAGUGGAUUGUUUUCCACAGAUUGAAAGAGUUUUCUUGAAGAGACACUGCAGGCCAUCUGCUCAGAUCAAAAGAGAUAAGAUAACUUUAUGCACUACUAAAUUCCUCAAUGCUUUAAAGAUAUCCGGUUUUACUAGGAUUUCAUCCAUUUGGGCACAUUACUCCCAUUCUUGUGUAAUGGGAGAUUCCCAUUCCAGUUUCAUCUUGUUUUCUUUCAGUGUCAUCAGAUUCCUCUGACUCAUUGUAAGUGAGGGUAAUGCUGUGCUCCAGUGACCGAUGAAAAAGUACAUUUAUACACUUUGAACCCUCGAAGGGUAAAAGUUGUACAAAGCAGGACUUCACUUUGUUCUUAUUAUACAUUUGUUUAUAUUUGUUUUAAAUUUCCUUUUUCUACUGCAUAUGUAGUUUAAAAAAUACAUAAAAGAGGAUUUUGAAUUAAAUUAUGUUUGGGCAGGACAGCAUUAAAAAUUAUUUGUGUAAAAUUACUGUAAACUGCUGUAAAGUAACUGUACUUGAAGAUACUGUAAGAAGUCAUUUUUGUUAUACCUCUUGAUCAGAUGUAUAUCUUUCAUACCCUUCUGUCUCAUCUUUUUUGAUUACUUAUGGAAAGAGAAGUUCUCUCGUAUCCCUCUUAAAAAGCCUAAUGAAGAUAAACAUGCUUUUCUAUAGCAUUUUCUGAAAUCUACUUCAGCUCUCUGCAGCACACUGGAUUCUGUUAGAGAUCCAGCUUAUGAUAUGUGCUUCGGACAUUAAGGAGGAUAGAACAGUGACUCCCUCCCCACACAGACAACUGCAUGAACUCCUGCCCGACUACAUCGCUAAUUCAUGAGCAGAGUUUAACUGAAUUUUUGUUAGAUCUAGUAUUUAUGCCUGAGCUGCCUGAAAGGACCCUUCAUCAUCAAAGCUAUUUGACUCUUAUCUUGGAGUUUAGCUUUUAUAAGACUGCUCAGUAGAAAGAUUCAAAGCUCUAAACGGAGAUGACGCAUGCUCGUGUACUCAUGACUGUUGGACCUGUCAGAUCAUAAACAAUCACCACUCUUAAAUAACUUUUCUGCUUGUUCCUUUAAAACCUUUCACUUUGAAAUGUGCUUCAUUUGUAUAAAGGAUUUCAUGUGGAAGCAGAGAGAAACCUCCUCUCCUCCAUGAUUUUAUAUCUUGUAGAAAGAAUUAUUAGCUGUGUUGCAGUAAGGACACAUCCAACAAUAUUCAGGACAUGGCACCUAAGGACCUAAAUGGUAGACGUUAUUUUCUUUAUUGUCUACUUUACCUAAAAUGAGGAUAAUAGUUAGCUUAAUGAACAUUGGGUGCUAUUUAAAAACAAAUCACAUUUUUGAUUGAGAGAGUAGAUCAUGAAACAAGAUUUAACUUCUGUGUUAAUGUCAACUUUUAAUGCAUUUCAUAGACUGCUGUUUUGAAACCACAGUGGUUUGCCUUGGUUUAUAUUAAAACACAGAUUGAAGACUUUUACAAUUUCUCACAUAUAUAUGUCUAGAUCUUUUAUAUAUAGACUGAGAGAUUUUGCCGAUCAAUAAAUUGCUUCACAUUCCACCAGUA